AUAUUUUCCUGUUUCAGAAUUCCCUCUGUGAACUCUUCUUUUUGCCUCUUGAAGCUCAUAUCAAUCUUGUUUUUAUCAAGAUCUGAACCAUGACAAUGAAGUACAAACUGGUUUACUUUGAUGUUGCUGGGCGAGGGGAAGUCAUUCGUCUUCUGCUGCAUCAAGCUGGUGUUGAAUUUGAAGAUAAUAGGAUCAAAGGAGAACAAUGGCCAAGCUUGAAGCCAGAAAUGCCUUUUGGUCAAAUCCCUGUGCUCUAUGUAUAUACAGACGAAGGCACAAAAAUUUUGGCACAGUCCAAUGCCAUUGCACGAUUCAUUGCUAGGGAGCAUGGCAUGAAUGGGAAAGAUUCCUGGGAGUCUGCUCAGUGUGACAUGCUUGUUGAUUCCAUGGGAGACCUCCGAGAUCUGUACAUCAAAUGGAAGUUUGGUCCUGAUGCAGACAAAGAAUCAAACAAGGCUAAACUGUUUGAGAGUGUUCCAGUAUUCCUCACAAGGAUGACUAAGUUUGUGGAAGCCAACCCAUCUAAGAGUGGUUACCUUGUUAGCUCUGAGCUAACCUGGGCUGAUGUCUACUUGGCUCACUUUCUUGAUGUCUUGAAGGCUGUGGAACCAAAUGCUCUUGCUGGUCAUCCAAAAAUCCAGAAGCUUCAAGAAAAAGUUUGGAGUCUGCCACGUCUCAAGGCAUACUUGGCUGAGCGUGGACCCCUGUCAUAAAGUGGGGCAUCAUGGAGAUGAGGAGCAUUCCAGGGGGAAAACAUCCUGUCCAUUGCUAAAGCUGUUGAUUUUUGUUUAAACCUGAAAUACAAAUCUCAUGAGUUAUGACAUUUUUAGUAUGACCAUAAAUCCCGAUAAUUAGCUCAAGUAUUAGUACCUGGUUUCAAGGAAAAAUGCACUAAAUGAUUUAUGAUUGAAGCAUUAAUUUUUUUAGCUUCAUUUUGUGUGUUUGUUCUGCCUGUCAUUACAACAAGCUUAGAGAUUAGAUAUGUUUGUUGUGUCUUAGCUGAAGGCAUGAAGUUGCUGUCUGCUCUAUCCUAGUACUUGUAGGAAACUUUGACUCUUGUGAUAUUUUUUCAUGUGGUGUUGUUGAAGUCAGUAUUUUAGAUAACUAUUGGUGCCUUUAGCUAUUCAUUAUGACCUUGACUUAGAUGCAGGACCCUAGAUAAUGAUUAGAAAACUAAUUAUGUGUAGCAGUCUAAUGAAAAUGACAUUUUGAUGUACCUGUAUCCUCCAUAUCUCCGUUUCAUUGCUUAAUUGCAGUAAGAAUUGCCAGAGAGAAAUUGUAUACUCCAUGUAUUCUUUUUGCAUAGAUGGCAGUCAUGGAAUAAACAACAUGAAGCUGAUGCAACUUCUGCUUCAGCAGUAAAAAUACAUCUCAGUUGUGAAAGAAGUUGUGAAAAUGCCUU